CUAGCAUCUCGAGGCUCCUGAGGCCCUGGGACUGCUCAUGCCCGCUCCAGGGGCCAUGUCCCACAGGCCACAGGGAGCCAUGGCCUGGACUCGCAGAAGGGCCCCUUGCCAGGCUGCUCUGCCCGCAGGGAGGGAGGAUGAGCACACACCAUUCAAUUGUGCCCCUCACCUUUCCUGGGUCCCUGAGCUUCCACUCUCUCACAGAGUGUGUUGACGUGCCUUUUCAGCAAGUGUGAACUGUGCUCACGCCCAGGCGGCUCUUGGGUGGGAGCUGCUGUGCCAGCAACUUGGUGACGGAGCAGGAAGGUGAAUCGGCCAUGCCUGAGUGCCACGCCUGGAGCCUCCUUGGCUCCUGCCAGAUGCUGCCUGCAGGCAUUCACCAGAAGAGCCCGGCAGCAGCAGGAGCAGCAUGGCUGGAGAGCUGCAGCUGGCCUCUGUGGACUGGCAUGGCCCGGAGAACACCCAUGGGCACCACACGGCUGAGACGAGCAGCGGGCAGCUGGUCGUGCGGAGGGGGCAGCCCUUCACCCUCACCCUCCACUUCCACUCCCACUCCAGGAACUACGAGCCGGGGUUCGAUUCCAUGCACCUGGUUGCAGAGACAGGGCCAGGGCCAGAGAGGGCCAUCUUCCUGGUGAGUCUGAGCCAGCCACAUAGCAGGGAGGCCUGGAGAGCCAGCGCAGUACCCAGCGGCCCCCAGUCCACAGAUGUCGCCAUCUCUGCCCCCGCAGAGGCCCCCGUUGGGCAGUACCAGCUGAACAUCCACUUUGACUCUGGCCAGGGCAUGUCGUCGUCCUACCAGCUGGGCGAGGUCCUCCUUCUCUUCAAUGCUUGGUGUCCAGAAGAUGACGUCUACCUGGAAAGCGAGGCCGAGAGGCAGGAAUACGUGAUGAAUGAGCACGGCCUCAUCUUCCACGGAAACAAGAACUGGAUCCACCCGGUUCCCUGGAACUACGGCCAGUUUGAUGACGAGACAGUCGGCAUCUGCUUGAAGCUGCUGGACAGCAACCUGCAGUUUAGGCACCACCCGGUGCAGGACUCUGCCCUGCGCAGCAGCCCGGUCUAUGUCAGUCGGGUGCUGAGCGCCAUGGUCAACAGCAAUGAUGACUCCGGGGUCCUCCUGGGCAACUGGGGUGAGGACUAUUCCGGGGGCACCCGCCCCAGCGAGUGGAACAGCAGCAUCCCCAUCCUCAAGCAGUGGGAGCACUCCGGAGGGCAGCCCGUCAAGUACGGGCAGUGCUGGGUCUUUGCAGCUGUGAUGUGCACAGUAAUGCGCAGCCUCGGGAUCCCAACACGUGUGGUGACGAACUUCGACUCGGGUCACGAAAAGGACGGCAACCUGGUUAUCGACGUCUUCUAUGACAACACCGGGCAGCUGCUGCCCCGGGAGAGCAAGGACAGCAUCUGGAACUUCCACGUCUGGAAUGAGUGCUGGAUGGUGCGCAGGGAUCUGCCCCCUGGGUAUGACGGCUGGCAGGUUUUGGAUGCUACGCCGCAGGAAUCCAGCAACGGGUUGUACCGCUGUGGCCCAGCACCCGUCAAAGCCGUGCGGAACGGUGAUAUCCACCUGCGCUACGACACCCCCUUUGUGUUCUCCAUGGUGAACGCAGACCGGGUGGUUUGGCUGCUCUCUGGGACGAGAAGAGAAAAACUCCAGUGGAAUCCAAGCGCUGUGGGGAACUACAUCAGCACCAAGGCCAUCGGAAGCGAGGAGCGAGAAGACAUCACCCACACCUACAAGCACCAGGAAGGGUCCCUGGGCGAGCGCCAGGUGUUCCUGAAGGCCCUACACGCAGCCAGCCCUUCAGCCCCAUCAGAACCAGCACCGGCACCCUCCCAGCUCUCCAAGACGGCCGGCGCCGGGACCCCCCCCCCAGGGGCUCAGACCUUUCUCCACCUUCAGCUGGUAGAGAGUCCAGAGAUCGGCCAGGACAUCCACCUCACCCUCCUGGCCCGCAACCUGGAGUUUGCCUCCAAGGAGCUGAAGCUCAGCCUGAGCGCCCAGUCAGUGCUGCACAACGGGCACCCCUUGGCGCCCUUCUGGCAAGACACCCUGUACCUGUCCUUCAGCCCCAAGGAAGAAAAGCACAUCCCUUGGCACAUCUCCUACCGACAGUACAGUCGGCACCUGCAGGAGGACAAGCAGAUCCGGGUGGUGGCCAUGGGUGAGGAGAACACCACCUGGCAGAAGGCUCUGGCGGAAAAGACCAUCACCGUGGCCACGCCCCCCAUCCUGAUUCACGUGUUGUCCCCCGUGGUGCUGGACCAGCCCUUCCAGUUCCGAGUGGAGUUUACCAACCCCCUGGCCGAUGCCGUCAGCGAUGGCCUCCUGACCGUGGAGGGGGCCGGCCUGGUGCGAGGCCAAGCCCAGAUAGAGUUGGGCUUCCUGCCUGCCAGACAGCAGGCCAGCCUCACCCUCCAGCUGAUCCCCUACAAGAGUGGGACGCGGCAGCUGCACCUCACGCUCAGGAGCAGCCUCUUUCCCCCCCUGAAAGGACACAAGCAGCUGCAGGUGGCCGAAGAUGGCUGGAGGACAGGCUGGCUGCCUUAGCCGGGGCCGCGCAAGUGCUGCCUCGACUGCCCCCCCCCUUCAAUGCACUUAAUAAACUGACUGUUGCA